AUGACACAACAGCACGUUUCUAGGAUAAAAGAAGUAGUGGAGUUUAAAGUAAGUGAUGGUAAAGAUUUUAUAAAAGUAAUUUGGUCAGAUGAAAGCGAAGGAUGGGUAAAGAUAGAAAAUGUAAGUGAAAAAUCUCUUAUUAUUGGGUUUAUUCGCAAGAUAAUAGAAAAUUUAAAAAGUAAAAAAGAUGAAAGUAAAAGAGUUGCGGCUCAAGCUAAAUCUCUUGAACUCAAAGAAAAACUUCUUAUGAAAAACUCAAUAAAUGAAAAGAACAGAAUAAAUAGCAGUAGUUUACCGACUGCUUUAAUUAGUAUUAAAAGCACAACUGAUAAAAGAAAAAUUGAAAAUCUACAAACAAAUCAUUUUUCUUCUUUUUCUUCAACUUCUUCUCGUCAUGUAAGAGAAGUUUCUUCUAUAGCUGUUUCUAAAUCUUUAUCUAGCCAUGAGCUUAGAAAACGUUCUAGAUAUUCGUCUGGGGGAUUACAUGAAUUUGCAAUAUCAAGGGGGAAGGUUGGUGAUGUCUUUACAUGCCAAUUUUAUACGAGUAUAAACUUUGGGAAGCUAGAUUUUGUCUACGCCAAUUGUGUUCUUGUUCCCUUUAAGAAGAUAAUGCCUAUUCUUUGUAGUUUGAGGUUUAUUAGUAAAACUCUAAGAAUGUUCCUUCCCCAAUCUGUAACGAGUGUAUCUCAAAAUGAUUUGCUUGAACAUCUUUAUACUAAUAGGAAGGUUUUUAUGGGAAUUAAGGAAAAUGCUGUUUGGAUAGUUAUGGUUGUUUCUGAAAAUAAUCCUUUUAUUCAAUUUGAAGGAAAUGAAAAAAGGGAACUAAUAUUUCAAACCGACAAUAUUGAGUAUUUUGAGUUAUUUUUUAAGACCUUUAACAAUUCACAUCUCGGCAUAGAUUGGAAAAGUGAAUCAUAUAAAACUGCUUUGUUUUAUAGGGCUAGUAAUUUAUUUAAGACUUUAAGUCAUUGGAAAAGUCAGAUUCGGUUUAUUUUCUUGGAGAUUUAA